AGAUGACAUGUUCAGCACCACCUUAAAAGAGACAAAGCAGGGAGUGUUUGUUCGGGUGUCAGUUUUCUCCUCUUGGCUCUUUAAACCAUGUGUGUUUGGCUGCUUGCCCUCUGUGGAGCUGCAUACAAAUAUUGACAGAACACAGUGGUAUUUGUUAAGCUGGAUCUUGGGAAGUGAAUGAUUAAAACUCUGAAGGAAGAUCUGAAAACUUCAGACCUUCCCUCCUCCCUCUCCUCAAGAAUCUUUAACAGUGUUUAACAGAGUGAAAGUGAAAAUGCUGAGCUUGGUCAAAUGAAAGCCCUGACCUUCUUUUCCUCUGCCUUUGCCUUGUUGUAGUGAAAGCAGCAACAACCUGGCAUUUCUAAGAGAAUAAACAAUAAAGGAUAUUCAGCCAUGGACAAAAAGCAGCAUCUAGUGAAAAAGGAAUUUAGCAAAAGAUUUUCUUUGGACAGUACUCUCAUGGAAUACACGGACUCAAAUAGAUACAUUGACCAUUUGCUGACUCAGCUGGAAGAGCAGCGCUGGAAUGUGUGGAGGGAGAAGCUGUCUGUGGCUCGUCUACAGCAGGAAGUUGCACGAAGUAAGAGUGACAGAACAAUGCGCGAGAAGCUGAUACAUGAGUUGGAGGAAGAGCGACAUUUGAGACUUGAAAGUGAAAAAAAAUUACGAGAAGUGACACUGGAAUCUGAGCGCAACAGGGUUCAAAUGAGAGGACUGCAGCAGCAGUUUUCCAGAAUGGAAGAAACUGUGAGAAAUCUACUGCAACGUCAAGGAUCACCAGAGGCAAACGGCGAAAAACCUGUUACUGUAAUAAAAGCUUAUCAGGAAACCUUUACUCACGAGAGCAAGAGUCCUAAAACAGCGGUGGAAGACAUUUGCAUGUCAGUAGAUAAAGAUUCAAGGGAUGAAAACAGCAGCGCUGAAGAGGAAAAGGAAAAGACAAAAUUAUUGCUUCAACGGCUGAAGGCUCUGGAGGCAGAGAAUUCCGCACUGGCUAUGGAAAAUGAAAAUCAGAGAGAACAGUAUGAACGUUGCCUUGAUGAAGUAGCCAACCAGGUUGUACAAGCACUACUUACUCAGAAGGACCUGAGGGAGGAGUGUUUAAAGUUAAAAACAAGAGUUUUUGACCUGGAACAACAGAACCGAACGCUUAGUGUGCUAUUCCAUCAAAGAAUGAAACCAACAUCUGGCUUGCUGCUUCAGAAGCUUCAUUCGCGCAUCUUAGAUCUGUCGUCUGGGGAUUUCCUUUUAGAGGUAGAGAAGAACAGAAGUUUGAUACCGCUGCAAAGUGCUGAUGUUCAGGUUCAUGAAUGUCAGCAGAAUAUCAGAUCUGGAGUACCUGCCUUGAAGUGCCAGAGCCAGUUAAAUAUGACAGGGCCUCACCGAGUUUAUCCUCGAAGCAGCUGCAGCAGCAGUGAGCUCUCUCUGUCAAGUGCCUGCAGUGAAUAUUCCAGUGGCUCCUCCUAUACGUGGAAUGAUGGGAAGGCAUGCAGUAAAAGGUCAUCAGUGAACUGGGAUAAAAGAAUAAGCAUUGGUUCUUCGCUCCCCAGCAACCUUUCCAGUCCUGCUGAUGAUCUACCUCCAACUCGUAUCAAGGAAAACCACAUUUUGGAAGGGCUAAAGAAGUUACAGAAACGAAAAAUAUUACUUGAACCGCCUUCUUCUGUUAUAUCCAAAUGGGGAUACAAAGAUUGCAUGAACUCUAAUGAAGGAAUCUACUCCCCUGGCAUUAAGUGCAGCAGUCAUAAAGAAGAGGUACAUUGCACACCAGAGGAAAUGGGGGCCAUUUGCAUUGAGCACCAGAAAAACUUUGUGUAUGAUUCAGAUUCACAUGAGGAUGCGGAUGAUGAGUCUUCAUCUUUAGCAUUGCUGUAUGAAGUACCGAGCAAAGACUGUAGGCACUAUUGUAAUAAAUUAACUCACAGCGUUUCUGACAGCCUAUUUGGUUGGGAGCCUGAUAGAAAGCACUUGCCAGAAAGAGGUUCUUAUUUUAAUUCAAAAGAGAGGCCUGAAAAACUGACUAGUUUUGUCAAUGAAUUUCAGUCAAAAGGAAAAUCUUGCACAAAUGUGAAGCUGCCCGUGUUGCAAAUAGAUAAAAGUCUUGCUAGCAUAAGCUGGAGAGACCUUAAUUUACACCUUUCAGAUACUGAUGACAAUGAAAUCCUGGACGAAUUACAUAUAGAAAGCAGUGAUGAAAAAAGCCCAUCAGAUUUGUCAUUAACUCCUUUUGUUGACAAGCACACAGAGAAUUCUGAUGUGCGUGUAAAGAAGGAAAAUUGCCAGCAUGUAUCUUCUGAAAAAGAAGCAAGUCAGGUACUCACUCACUCAGGCAUUAGGCCAAAGGCAUGUAAUUUCAUUAAGCAACAAAAAGUUAUAAAGAAGACUUCUUCAGAAGAAUGCAUUACUGUUAUAUUUGAUGCUGAAGAUGGCAAACCUAUUGAAUUCAGUUCACAUCAAUCUGGAGUUGUCACUGUAACUAGAAAUGAAAUUUCAAUCAACCACUCAUGUACUAGGCCCAAUGCAGAAUACACUGAAUGUUUACCUCAGGGAAUAGUUAAUUUCCAAAAAGCAAUGGAAGCUAAAAACUACAGCAUUUUGCAAGCACCUGAUAAUGAAAUUGAGAGAAAGACUCUCCCAAAUAACUUAGAGAACGAGCAUGCAGUUGACCCUACUACAUGCAACAGUCAGUCUCCUUUACUCCCUAAAAGACCCAUGUUUCACAACAUCCCACAGCAAAAGCUAAUGAAGCCAGUUUGCAGUAUUUCUUCCAAACCUAGGUCUCCAUCUUGUAUGCAGGCAGGUAGUAACCAAAACCAAAAACUGACGAAAAUUCCGAGCAGAGAUAAGUUCUCACCACAAAAAAUAAACAUCACGGUGAAUGAAUAUUCCACUAGCACCUCUUCACACUGUCCUAUGACACUGGAGAAAUCUGUAAAAUGUUCAAGGUUCAAAAAAGUGCAGAGUCCCACUAAGAAUGCUGAUUCAAAAGUAGAUUUGCUUAUUUCAAAGGCGCACCCUCUGCAAAAUUCUAAAAUGCUUGACAGAACAGAUUGGCCCAAGAAUCAGGUCCCAGAAUCAACUUCAUUGCCUCAACAUCUUAUAGAGUCAAUUGACUGUGAAGAACCACCAACUAGAGAUAUCCAUUGUGAUUUGCCUGAAGCAGAAGCCAGAUCUCCAUCACCACCACCUCCUCCAGGCAGGUCAACUUCACUAUUGAUAAGACCAAACUAUGAACAUUCACCACCUGUACCCAAUAAGCCAGGAGCAAGUAUUCCCAGUGAGACAGUAAAAAGUCCAGUCAUGUCACCACUGAAAACAGCCUCAGUGUCCAUUUUUCAUAAUGUGCACAGAAUGCCAACUAACAAGCUCCCUUCAACACCUAAAGUCAAAUUAAAUCACUUUAAUGAGAAAGGAGAGAUGUUUACACAAAGCAAAUGCAUAUCAGAGCAACCCUCCGCAAUGUGCCAAGUCAUUCCCAAAGUGUUUACAAAGAAAGUUCCUCCUAAAACCUCAAACCAAUCAGUAUCCUGCAAUAAUAUAGAACGUAAUUCCAAGGAUGUGUCCCCAGACUGCACGUCACAAGAUACAGAUCUAAUGCAAAAUGGACUACUGCCUAAGGACACUGAAGUACCUCAGAAACAUAAAUUUCCAAACAGGUUCUCCACAUCACCAGAUUUUCAGCCAGCAAUCAUUGGGAAACCUUUUCUGCCUCAGAUUAAUCACUCCCCAUUAUCACUGUUGUCUCAGGGAAGUGAUGUUGGAAAUAUACCAGAAAAGAGUCUGAAACCACAUCUGCCUGUAGGACUUAAAUUACUCAUAAAAUCUCCUCAGCUCUUCAGAAAGAGUUCCACUAUACCAGGGAAGCAGGAAAAAGACAAUAUGAAUGCAGCCUCCAAAAGCUGUGUGAAUUCAUGCAAACGGAGGCAGGGUGAAUCUUUAGCUCAAACCACCAUAGACGUAGCUGACACUGAAUUAAGGAGUGCUGAGAAUGGAAUAAAAGAAAAUUUUGCUGGGGAUCUUGGUAUGAAUCCAGCUUCCUCUGUUUCACCUGAGACUUGCUGCUUAAUAGAACGAGGAGAUGGGUUGGAAAACAGGUUAGUUAAGAGAUCCAUUUCUUCUAGUAGUAAGGCAUACUUGAAGCCUGCUCUUGGUAUGAAUGGAGCAAAGGCCCGAAGUCAGAGUUUCAGCAUUCACACAGGGGAAAAGUCACCUAUACCUUCCACAGAAGGGUUAGGAAAAGUUCGGACCCAGAUCAUAACAAACACAUCUGAAAGAGGGAAUUCUUUAACGAGGCAGAACUCAGCUGUGGAAGGAUUACAAAUCAGAGCUGUUCCUGGUUCAGUAGUGAUGUCAGAUACGGUUUCAAACACGACAAAGGUUUCAGAAACUUCUUAUUCUAGACAGGGUUCUUCUGCAAGCAUCAGUAGUGCCAGCAGUCAAGUUGGUAGCCCAAGCAAACUGCCAUUCCAUAUGUCUCCGAAGGGGGAUUUAUUCUACAGCAUUUCAGAAACUGAGGACAACAAAUCACCAUCUCAGAGAGAUGCCCAAAGUAAAUCUUUCCAUGAUGAAAAAGCCAUCGAAAUUUCCAAACAUCAACCAGUAAGCAAAAAAAGUGUUACACAAGCAGAAAUGGCAUUGGAGUCAUCAACUAGUAUUUCAUCAGAACAAAUUUUGCCACUUCAGAAAAAUCUGGACAGCACACAAUCUCCUCAUAAACACGAAGCAGGCAAGGUAGUAUUACAAGAAGCCUGCAUAAAGGCAUCUGAAGCCUCGGAGAAGGUUUCAGCUUCAUGUGUUUUACAGCCCACGAUAGAAGAAAAAGUCAUGUUGUGCAUCCAGGAAAAUAUGCAGAAGGAACAAGGGCAGAGCAAAUGCCCCACCACUGAGACUAAACAAAAGAGUGGGGGGCCUUCUAUUGCUAGCUGGUUUGGUUUUCGAAAGAGUAAGCUCCCAGCCUUGAGUGGUAGAAAAGCUGAUGUUUCUAAAGUAAAAAUAGAAAAGAAAGAGCCAAAGGGUUUAGCUUUUGGAAGCAAGCAAACAAAAUCGGAAAAAAGAAAAGACAAAAAGAAGACUGAACAGCACUGUGAAGCAGAAAACGAGAUAAAUAAGAAAACUCUGAAUUGUGGUAUUUUAGACAGUGUUCCGAAAGCGAAAAAAAUGACAAAAGCCACACACAAUAACCUCAGCCAAACUGGGUGCGAACAAAAGAACAGCUCUGCCACCACACACUCAGGAAAAGACAGCUUUAUGAAAGAGCUUUUACACAGAGUUGAUAAGAAAGCAGCCCAGCCGACAGAAAGUGGAUCACAUAAUGUUUCCUACAGGAACGUGUCGAAGGGUGGCUCCCAGGGCUCUUCUCUUCCCAACAACUCUGUCGGCACUCAAGGAAACCAGAAGAAAACCAGCAAAACAAAGGCUGAUAUGGAAAUACCAAAUGAUGCAGUGAUCAAAGUGGUAACAGAAAACUUCCAAGAAGAUGAAGAGAAAGCCAUCGCUGACUCAACUUGUCAAAGCCACUUAAUAGAAAACUGCUGCCAAAUGAGGACACUGGACAGUGGGAUAGGAACCUUUCCUCUCCCAGACUCAGGAAACCGCUCGACUGGACGACACGUUUCUAAACAAGAACUGGAUUUAGAAGCUGACGUUUUCAUAUCACCUGUGCAAGCUUUCCCUCCGGCUUCUUCUGAGAAAGCCAAAACCCUUGAGCGAGAAGUGCCUUCAACAGCUAAUAAGGACCAGGGAUCUGUGGAGAGCAUAAUAACACAUUCAACAUCAGAUCCUGCCAUGACUGCUAAGGGUGUACAGACUUUUCAGAGUCGCCUUCCAAAGCCAGCCUCUGCAGGAAUAACGAGCCCUGUGAAAAAAAGUGGACAAGAAGAGAGUUCUCUGACUUCUGUAUCAUUAAAGCAUUCAGAAAAAGAAAAAUGUGGCAACAAGAUGUUUCCGGAUUGGAGCAGCAAAAAAGCUAUUAAAGCCAAGGACAGGGCGCUGAGAGUGUGCACUUACUCUGCCAGCAGUAGCAGUGAUACUGAAACAGAGCUGGAGUACGAAACAAACGAUUUUGGAACCGGAGGGGAAAAGUUGGUAGAUUUAAUGAAAAACAACAAGCAAGCUGAGCAAGAAGAAAAUAGUGUGAGAAAGUCCUUUAUGGGGAGGCCCAUGUCUAUCUUGGAUAUAUACCAGCACAGUCUCUGUGGCCAUUAUGGAGAGGAUGGACCUGAACAAUUAGCACAUUACAGUUUUAUUGAGCAGCUGAAUGGAACUUCCACUAAAGAUGGCAAGAGCAAAAAGAUCCCUAGUAAAUUGAAGCAACCUGAAGAAGCAAAGGAAGAUUCUGAAAAGGGGUUAUCUAAAAUUUCCCUGGAGUCUCUCAAUAAAUUUAACAGCAGCAGAAGCAUUUUAUUGGAAAAGGAGAGCAAGGUUAAAGGACAAGAAGAAGAAAAUGGGAAGAAUGAAGAAGUUUCUCUAAAUAGUUCUGAUAGGCAUGAUAUAGACCACUUGGAGUCCUUGAGUGAUUCUUUAUAUGAUAGCUUCUCAUCCUGUGCAAGCCAAGGCUCAAAUGAUGUAUAAAGAGGACACUCAACACGGGUGGCCACUGAGUGGAGCACUUAAUGAACAGAAGAACUAAAUAAAUAAGAGCUGUUGAAAAUAUUCAAAGUAAGUUGCUAAGACUCAUGAUAGGAUAUAUCCAGAUAUAUUCAUAUAGAGCAAUAACGAAGAAAAAUCUGCAUUAUAACAAAAAGACUGAAAGUUUGACAGUACAACACAGUUGUUACUAAAAAGAAAUAGUCUUAAUUUUGCACUUUUAUGAAUUAUUGUACAGAAGUUGUAAAAAAUGUUCUGGGGAAGAGAAAGAAAAUUAUAUUUGUAGAAAAACAUGACAGCAAUAAAUACUAAUUGGUGCCAUGCUCCUGAAAUAGCAGGCUACUAACUUUAAACACUGAUGUUAAUAUUAACAAAGUUAGUAAUUUUUUUGUAAAAUAAAGAUUUAUGAACGUUCUAGUCUUAAAACUGUAUGUAGAAACACUGCUUUAUUGCAAAAUUGAACUUGCCAAAUGGUCUAUAAUGAAUCACCUUGAACCACAUUGUACAACAUACAUUUUUUAAAAUGCAUAUAUUUGUGCAAUUUUGAAAAGAUUCUCUAUGAACUUGCAUAUUUCUCUUAAUGCCAUUUGGUGAAAACAUCCAAGAGAUACCCUCCUUCCCUAUAAUCUGUAGCCUUAUAUGUACCAUGAAUACAUGUUGUCUUGAUUUAACUUUGAUAUGAUUUCAUGUUAAUUCUGUUAAUUUGGGAAUCAUUGACUAUAAUGCAAUUUAUUUAGAUUUGUAUUCAACAAUUUAAAUUUUUUUAAUCAAGAAAAAGAUUGGUGCCAGCAAACAAAUUAUGGGGGGCGGGGGUUUCCUACAAAGACUCUUUAUAUGUAAGGGAGAAGUCUAUUUCAAAGGUGGAGCGUAUUUUUUUUAGAUGUGGAAUAUUUAUAACAACUUUUGUACAGCAGCCUGUAAGCUAGCUAUAUUUACAAUACUUCCUAAUCUGUUUACUGUGUUUGUAGCAUACGCCUGUUGAUUUCCACCCACUAUGUUGUACUAUCAGUGUUACUUGGUUAAUACUUUCGUGCAAUGUUACAUUUCAUGUUGUUUUAAAUAAUGUUGGGGUAGUUUGGUUGUUUCUGAUUUUUAUGAAAUUUCCUUUGAAGUUUAUUUCUGAAUAAAAGUCAUAUCAUAUA